AUCCAAAUGCUUCCCGCAAGGCUCGCUGCAAGGCACUCUUCAUCCCCAAUGCAUCCCCCUCACCAUGUACUCCGUAAUUAUCCAGGUGGCUAAUUGACAUGCAUUCAACCUCCAAUAGGCAUUCUGCAGGGCAGAGCCGCAAAUCUCUCGUAAUUUAUGCUUGCAGCCUUCUCCAUGUAUACCAGGUUUAGCACCUUAUUCCAGGAGGAAACUACCAUGUCUGUCUAAUUGACAACCAUGGCCGACACCCCGCCCGACGAUAUCAGCUUGGCUCACUUCAGACUACCUGAUGAAGAGUUGCCCUCUCGUCCCCGGCAUUCAUCGAAUCACGGCGAAAGCAGGGAUUUCAGCAGCUUUGGCCUUGGACUACCUGGUUGGGAGUUGCCCUCUCCUCCUCGGCCCCCCUCAAGUCACAGCGAAAGCAGCACUUUUAGCAGCAUUUUUAGCAGCGCUUUAAGCAGCGCCUUUAGCAGCGCUGGCUUUGGACUACCUACUGAAGAGUUGCCCUCUCCUUCGAGACACUCCUCGAAUCAAGAGACCAGCAGCGCUUUUAGCAGCUCUGCUAACCCUGACGAGGAUUGGACCAGAAUCUCAGAUCUUGCCGAGCGCAGGAGAAUACAAAACCGCAUCGCUCAGCGCAACUACCGCAAAAAGCUUAAACGUCGUCUAGAGGAUCUUGAACGCCGCGCUGGACCAGAACAGAGUGAAGAUGUCAACCAACCUUUGUCUGAUAACCCUGGUAUGGUGAACAACUAAGUGUUUUCCAUAACUGCCGCUAACAUGUUAUUGGCUCUGGC